CGGAAACUCCCGGUCGUGGUGGACUCGUGAACAAAUCGUGUAAACACCCGUGUAGAAGAUAAAGAACGUUGGUGAACCCAAGCUGUGAGCAUACUUAAGACUUCGAAGCUGGGGCGCUUUUCAGAUUUAUGCUUUUCAAACCAAGAUGUUUGUUCCAGAUUCAAUUCCAAGUCUAGCAUUGCUGAUAUAAUUUGAGAUAAGUAGUCCCAGAUUACAAAUCAAGCUGUGAUUACAGACUAUAUUUUUCCUGUUGGACAUUGGAUUUUGUUCAGUUGAUACUUUACCCAGCUACCAGUCGUACCAAUCAACUAGCGACAUGAAUCAAGAAUCUUCAACAGUUGAUGCAGGACUUUGCAAACAGACUGUCACCACCGAAGCUGGUGAUUGUUGUGCACACAACAUCAGUCCGCCUGUAAACUGCGAUCAGGCGUCUGCAGUGCCAACAGGCAAAGUCUUACAGCAUCAAAACUCAGAAGACGAAUGCCUGGAGUUUUCUGACAGCAAUGACUAUGAUGAACUUGAGAUCUGUCGGCGGGUCAGACACAAAAGUAGCAGGGAGUGCAUUUAUGAUGACAGCGGAUUCAACAGCUCAGACAAUGAAGAGAAAGACGAUAUUUCUGAGCUGUCUUUUUGCUCCUGUGAUUCACAUUCCUCAGAAACAAGUGAUAUUCAUGAUCUCAACUCAGACAUUGUUGUAAGAAAAACAGUUGUUGAUUCUAGUGUGGCCAACACAAACAAUAGAAGGACAAGCAUUAGUUUACUUAAAAACAUUUCUGAAAGGAGAAUUUCUCGGAGAAUGGACAGAUUAAUUAGCACCACGAGUAAUAACAGCAGCGAGUCUGAGAACUCACCUGCAGGCUCUUCAAGAAUCACACCACGAUCUGCAAGGCACCAUGGGACAAUAGACAAAAACAAUAACUACUCGCGGAGCAACAGCAUCCAGUCUAACCUGUGGAGUCCACCAUUUAAGCUGAAUCAUUGCUUCCAGGACAAAGGUUUUCUGUGCUUUGUGGCCUGCAUUGUCUACGCAAUGUUCCUGGUGUUUGCAGUGGGUUGCCUUGGUUUGCUAGGUGAUGUCCUAAAAUCAUCUAUCAGCAAGGAUGACAUAAGGAAGAUCAAAUCAAAUGUCAGGCAUGAACGCAGAGCUGUUACUGCUGGUUGAAAUUCCAUGAAUGUUUUUUUCCCCACUGUAACAGUACAUUUAGUUGAAAUUUUCAUGCCACAUAGCUACUUUUGUUGUCAAUGUUGAAAAAAAAUUGAAACAAAAGUUAAACUGAUACUUUCUCAUUUUGAGAAAUGCUAAUAGUCUGUGUGCCAACAUAAUUUUCCUGACAGUAUAUAAAAUGUAUAUAUAUAAUUACAAUUUUUGGUUGCUAAGUUUUACUUUUGAAUGUUAUUUCUUGUUAAAUUCAUGUUAGUGCAAUACAUUUUUUUGUUGGAUGAUUUUUAUGAAUGGUAGUAAUACCUUUUUGGUAUCGCUAUCAAUGGACCAAUUUCAAGAUCUUGUGCAUUGUAGUAAUAUUUGCUGAUGCUUGCAUGUUGGGUGGUAUGUUAUUUAAGAAGUUUUUGUUAUUAUUAGUCUUCAAAUUUAUUAUUAUUUUCAUUUACCUUUUGGUUUUUUUCAUGGCUUGAUCAUUACAUAAUACAAUUUUUAAAAAGAAGUGAAGUAUUUAUAAAAAAUAUUUUGAAUUUGUUCAGAAGGUCAAACAUUGGAAUUUUGGUGUUACACAAAUGUUUUACAGCAGGUAGUUUCAGAAUUGGUUUGAGUGUCCAAUAGUGCAUGAUUGUCAGCACUUGUUGUGUAUAGAUUUCAUUUAAUAUGCAUAACCAUUCCAACAAGUUAAAUAAAUGAUUAUCCUUGAU